GUGACAUCGCUUUCGAUAAACAAAUGUAUCAGUUUCUCGCUGUGUUUGUAUGUACCAUUUAAGCAUAUUUGUGAAGACGGAAUUACAACCCGCAAUUCCUUUCUUCAUGGUUGAAGGGUUCUAGCUUUCUAUGUUCAUGUCUGUUGCCAACGUAGUAGUCUCAACCUCUAAAAUGAAACUGCUUUCUUCUAGAACACUACUUGCAAUUGUUCUCUGGCUUUCUCUUCUUUGUUCAUAUUUUGCUCCAAAUUCAGCUGACAACACUUUUGUUCACUGCCUUGUGAAUCAAUCUGAGUCAUCUCACCCCAUAUCUUCAGCUAUUUUCUCACAGAACAGUUCUUCAUUCUCUUCGGUUUUGCAAGCUUACAUCAGAAACCUUCGUUUCAACACCUCCACAACCCCUAAGCCAUUCCUCAUUGUCACCCCAUUUGAUGUUUCCCAUGUCAAAGCAGCAGUUAUUUGUGCUAAAAAACACAACUUGUUGAUGAAAAUUCGCAGUGGUGGCCAUGACUAUGAAGGGGUGUCUUACGUGUCUUCACAGCCAUUCUUCCUCCUUGACAUGUUCAAUCUCCGAUCUAUCGAGAUUGACGUUGAAUCUGAGAGCGCCUGGGUCCAAGCUGGUGCAACGCUUGGCGAAGUUUAUUAUAGAAUUGCUGAGAAGAGUAAAACUCAUGGUUUCCCAGCAGGGGUUUGUCCCACUGUUGGAGUGGGUGGUCAUAUUAGCGGUGGUGGUUAUGGAAAUCUCAUGAGAAAAUAUGGCACUGCAGUGGACAAUGUUGUUGACGCACAAAUAGUGGAUGCUCAAGGUAGAUUCCUUGAUAGAAGAACCAUGGGUGAAGAUCUCUUCUGGGCUGUUAAAGGUGGUGGUGGAGGUAGCUUUGGUGUGAUACUUGCCUACAAAAUAAAACUAGUUCGAAUUCCUGAGAAGGUAACUGUUUUCAAAGUAGGCAAAACCUUGGAGCAAAAUGCCACCAACAUAGUUUACAAUUGGCAGCAUGCUGCUCCUAGCAUUGACAAUAACCUUUUCAUUAGGCUCAUCUUGGAGGUGGUAAACGGUGCAGAAGUUGGAACAAAGACUGUGAGAGCUACCUUCAUAGCCCUCUUCCUUGGUGACUCCAAAAGCCUUGUUUCUGUCAUGAAGGACAAGUUUCCUCAAUUGGGUUUGAAGCAAUCAGAUUGCAUGGAAACAAGCUGGCUUCAAUCUGUGAUGUUUUGGGACAACAUAGACAUUGCAACCCCAGUUGAGAUUUUGCUUGAGAGACAAUCUCAGUCUUUGAAGUACCUGAAAAGGAAAUCUGACUAUGUGAAGAAGCCAAUUUCCAAGGAGGGUUGGGAGGGGAUUUGGAAGAAGAUGAUUGAGUUGGAAAAAUCAGUGAUGUUUUUCAAUCCUUAUGGUGGAAGAAUGGCUGAGAUUCCAUCAACAGAAACUCCUCUCCCUCACCGAGCUGGUAACCUAUGGAAGAUCCAAUACCAAGCAAAUUGGUUUGAGGCAGGGGAAGAGGUAGCACAACACAACAUAAACCUGCUAAGAGAACUUUACAAAUACAUGACACCCUUUGUCUCCCAAAACCCAAGACAAGCUUUCAUGUGUUACAAGGACUUGGAUUUGGGCAUCAAUCACCACGGUUUUCUUGGCUACCUUAAAGGAAGAGUUUAUGGAGUUCAAUAUUUCCACGAUAACUUCAAAAGAUUGGUUGAAAUAAAGAGCAAGGUUGAUCCUACCAAUUUCUUCAGAACUGAACAAAGCAUCCCGGUACUUAGCUAUAUGGAAUUCAGAAGAUUGAUUACUGGAAAAUCUAUACUUUCAGUUUUGUUCGGCUUGUUUGCAAUACAUUGGAUUCGUAACCUCAAGUAACACAUGCACCCACCAGAUUUCACUUGUAAUUGUUUACUUUAUGUAUAUAUUUUAUCUUCUGAACAAUAAUGUGGUAUCAGUGAAGAACUUGAACUCAAUCUUGAAAAACUUGUUAUUGGAAGUAAUACUAAGAGGAUUGUUCAUGUUUUACUGAAGCCGCUGCUGAUGUUUACUAGGAGUGUGGUGAAAGAGAAUAUGCUUCAUUAGGUUGAAAAUGAUAUUGUUGAUAAUGUUUUUACCAUAAAUAAAGUCUGUUGUUAGCCAGCUGUUAUCAUAAAUUUAAGG